UGAAGUUCUGCAAGGUUGUCUCCUCCUUCGCUUGCUUGGCGGAGUUGCGCAUGCUGAGAGACCAGUAAUCCAAGGGUCUGACGGGUGGGGCACACACCAGGCUAUCGGAGGCAACACUUUCUGAUCCUCAGACUUCUGAUGGCUCCAAGCGAGCAACCCCUGUGUCUGCCCUGCUCAAUGACGAGCCGAUGGCACGGUCUUUCAGCCCCACUCGAAGAAGACUGCCCGGGAAAGGCUGACGCAGUUUGCUGCAGGCCCACCGCUGAGCUAAGCGAGGGUGGCGCCGAGGGCAACAGUUCUCCCCCGCUUAACCACCUUCCGUGCUCUUCGGACCCGCUCGAUCAGCAACGUCAGUCCCCAGAAACCCCCUGGAAGGACAGCCAAACCCCUCAAUCCGACUCCGCCCUCCUCCCUGGAGACCUCGGCCUCGACGCCGACCUCUGGCGCGAGAUCUUCUCGCACCUCCCUCUGGAUGCCCUCCCCGCAGCGGCGGGAGUGUGCAAAGUCUGGAGCGGAGUCAUAAGCGACCCCCAAGUUUGGGCCGCGUCGUUUGUGCACCGCUGGAAGUUGAGGAAAGUGCACGGAGAACCGGUGUCCCGGGCGUUUUGGCGAGGGGGGCUCGGGCAGUUUGUGGUGGCGCACAGGCUGGAGCCGCAGGAUUCGGUGGUGUCGCUGGCGAUCAAGUUUGGGGUUGAGGUGACUGCUGUGAAGCGACAGAACAACAUCAUCAGCGAGCAUUCAAUUCACGUUCGGGAACGGCUGCUCAUCCCGGUCCCUGACGCCAAGUUCCUCGAGGGGAAGGACUGCUUUGUCGAGACCGACAACUACUCCCGUCGCGAAGUCGCCGUUCUCUACGUAAGGGGAUCCCCCCGGGGCCAAGAGUCGUUGCAAACCGAGGCAGCCGAGGGGGGCAAAAACGCUGGGGCACUGGCUCGGUCGAAAGAGCGGUUCCGAGAGAAGAUGGUGCAAACGCUGAGGAAAGGGAUCAAAGUCGACGAUGCGACUGCCAGAUACUACCUGGCGCAGAGCGGGUGGGAUCUGAGGGGGGCAUAUGCCGCGUUCCAGGUGGAUACGGCCUGGGAGAGUCAGCGGCAGCCGCGGUGGCUGGGGCGGUCGUGAUAGGUUGGUUGAACAAUUGCGUAAACCAGAAGGCUCGGUUCGCGAGAACGGGUUGUCCAAGGUGUUGGGGGCCUACAUUGAGAAGCGGCCCAUAAACCUGUUGAGGGCUUUGAUGAGAUUGAAACCCUGCUUUCGAGCAGGUAUAGGACGAGAAAUCACCCCUCGGCCGCGCAAGUGUACAUGUUCGCAUCGUUAAAUAGCUGGUCUGCUGUGCAGUAACUCUAGACUGGGUGCUUUAAUUGUUCAUAGCGUAGACCAAGCCCCGCUGACAGCCGUGUACAGUCUCCUGCAACUAUCGGCGACACUGCGCCUGUACACUACGAUAGGGCUCACCGUGACAGCAACGUACAAGUUGUACACUACAAAGCAGGAAGGGCAGGUUGGACUACACGAUUGCGUGCAUAGCUCUCGAAAUAGGAUAUCAGCCUGGCAUGGAUUAUCAAGCUACAGUAGUAUGCAGCUUGUCUCGAGUUGCUUUUGUUUGACGGGUUUGCGUGGGAUUAGCGCUUUGGUGAAGUUACCUUGUAGGGUUAAUAAGCACACGUGCAGACUCGGGUUAGGCAAUCUAAACCAUGCACCCCGACUCUCAAGUUCAUCAUUACACAAAACACCAAG